UUGUAGUCGAAUCUGCGGAGCGCGCUCAGGCGUUUAGCGGGGACACCUCGUGGGGGUCCUUUCUCAUCGCCCUCGUGCUCCGGCGCCGUCCCUUCUGCUCCGGGCGGAGGCUGCGCGGCGUCCCUGUCUGCCCCUUAAUGAUUCUCUGCCGUUUCAUGGCAAAAAUGGCAACCAGUGAUGCUGUUUUGAAGAGAUUGGAACAGAAGGGUGCAGAGGCAGAUCACAUUAUUGAAUAUCUUAAGCAGCAAGUUGCUCUUCUUAAGGAGAAAGCAGUUUUGCAGGCAACUUUGAGAGAAGAGAAGAAACUUCGAGUGGAAAAUGCUAAAUUGAAAAAAGAGGUUGAAGAAUUGAAACAAGAGCUAAUUCAGGCAGAAAUUCGAAAUGGAGUGAAACAGAUACCGUGCCCAUCUGGUCCUUCAUUGCGAGCUGAGUCUCCAGUUUCUGAAAAUGUGGUACAGUCUAUGCCAAUCACAACCAUGUCUUCUGGAGCCAAAGAACAGAUAAAAGGAGGAGGAGGAGAAGAAAAGAAGGUGAAAGAGAAAAUGGAAAAGAAAGGAGAGAAAAAGGAGAAAAAACAGCAAUCAGUAACAGGAAGUGCUGACUCUAAACCAAUAGAUGUUUCCCGUCUGGAUCUUCGAAUUGGUUGUAUCAUCACUGCCAAAAAACACCCUGAUGCAGAUUCUUUGUAUGUAGAAGAAGUAGAUGUUGGAGAAACAGCCCCAAGAACAGUUGUCAGUGGCCUGGUGAAUCAUGUUCCUCUUGAACAGCUGCAAAAUCGGAUGGUGAUUUUACUUUGUAACCUGAAACCUGCAAGGAUGAGGGGAGUACUAUCUCAGGCAAUGGUGAUGUGUGCUAGUUCUCCAGAGAAGGUUGAAAUCUUGGCACCUCCUGAUGGGUCUGUUCCUGGAGACAGAAUUACUUUUGAUGCUUUUCCUGGAGAGCCUGACAAGGAGCUGAAUCCUAAGAAGAAGAUUUGGGAGCAGAUCCAGCCUGAUCUUUACACUAAUGAUGAGUGUGUGGCUACAUACAAAGGAGCUCCCUUUGAGGUGAAAGGGAAGGGAGUGUGCAGGGCUCAGACUAUGAGCAACAGUGGAAUAAGAUAAAACGCUUCAGUUACUGAAGUACACUGGAGAAAACUAACAACAAUAAAGAGAAAUAGGUUUGUCACUUGUACCUAAAAUGUAGCUGGCUCAUUUUUGUCUUAUUUCUCUUCUAGACUUGACUAGUGUUUUACCUGGUAUCUGUUGUUUUCAUUUGAUUGGGGAAACACUGCAUUUUCACCUAUGGUUUUUGAUCCUUUAUAAUGUAGGGAGGAAAUUGCCUUUGUUUUGUGAUGAUUUACUUUUUAGUGGGAAUGUUGGUUGGCAGGUUGUUUUUUCUUUAUACACUUAGAUAACUUGAACUAGGUUAACAUUUAGUUUCUUAUUUGUAGGCACAUGGUGCAUGAAAUUUCAAGCCCCUGGAUUUUUAGUAUAUUGUGUAUCUAUAUUAUAAAUGUCCUCUCCUUUUCAAAAAUGGCAAGUUAGAAUUCUUGUCAGGCUUAUUAACUGUUCAUAUUGUAAUAAUAUUGAAAAUGACCAACUGUUGAUUCUAGAGAGCCGAAACUCAUAAAGCUAGGAGACGUGGCAUUUGAAUGUUGCUGCUAUUGCUUGCCAAAGUAGCCCAGACUUGUAUACUUAAGGUGACUUUUUUAAAGACUGGAAUUUCCAACUGUGUAUUGAACUUUUUCUUUCCAUUUAGCAAAUUAGUAAUAAAUUUUGACCAACUCUGAAGAAUAAACACAA